GCAAAGUGACGUACGGUUUUGUGGUAUUGGUAUGUUCUAUUGGAUUGCUUGAAUUCCUUGGAUUUGAGUGUGUUGGAUUUACAUACGUAUACAGUUCAGUUGUUGAUGUGUACAACCGCUAUAGCAGGUAGCAGCAGAAGUUGUAGCGUCUUUUAUCAUUAUAUACCACACGGAUCACAGACAGGACACAAGCAGACACAAGGGCUGGCUCUACUGUUAGCUGGAAAUUUUUUCAUUCGUGACAUUGUGCUGUGUGGUGCCUGCUCACAGCCGUAUUGUUUUAUACUUUUUAUUUAAUUACCAACAACAAGUUUAAACAAUUCUGUGAGGAGCAAAUAUAAAACAUCUCGAAAAUGACGUCUCGAUCGGAAAAGGAGCGGACCAAGCAAAUCCAGGAUAAAUGUCAGGAUCUUCUAACUCAAAUGCUACGGGACGAAGAUAACAAAUAUUGUGUAGAUUGUGAUGCUAAAGGACCAAGAUGGGCCAGCUGGAAUCUUGGAAUAUUUCUUUGCAUCAGAUGUGCUGGUAUUCACCGAAAUCUUGGAGUUCACAUUAGCAAAGUUAAGUCUGUAAAUUUGGAUACUUGGACUCCGGAACAAGUUGUGAGUCUUCAACAAAUGGGAAAUUCUCGAGCUCGUGCUGUCUAUGAAGCUAAUUUACCAGACACUUUUCGACGACCUCAAACAGAUUGCAGUCUUGAAAGUUUUAUACGUGCUAAAUAUGAACAUAAGAAGUAUAUUGCGCGUGAAUGGGUACCACCAACAAUGCCAAAAGUUAACUGGGAAAAAGAGCUAGAUGAGGAGGCUGAAAAACAGCGGCGACGAAAGAAGGAAAGUAUUAAAACUAAUGUAAAUCAAAAUCCAUUGCCGCCAGUUAAAAAACCUGAAGUUAUGCCACAAUUGCCAAAGCCCGGUAGUUCAAUAAGUCCAAAAGUAGGUUCGAAAUCAAACAUCAGUACAGCAACCCUGGAUUUACUGGGACUCGACAGUCCGUCUGCUCAAUCAACAAACUCAAAUAAUUCCGGUGAUGAUAUAUUUUCGUCAUUUUUGUCUGCAACCCCUGCAACCCCUGCAACAUCAUCAUUGACAUCUGAAAGUGUUGUUAAUGGUAUUAGUAGUAGUAGUAAUACUACUAAUAAUAAUAAUAAUAAUAGUAGUAAUAGUAAUAGCAAUAGUAAUUCAGCAGAAAGUACUUUGAGUAAUACUGAGGCGAGUAAAGCCGAUGAGGAAAGUUUUUUCAAUCAACCAGCACCGAGUCAAGAGGAAAAAAGUAAAAUGACCAAAGACAGUAUUCUCGCCCUCUAUGGAAAUCAAACACAGCACCAGCAACAGCAACAACAACAGCAACAGCAACCGGUUUACGGUCUUUUUGCUCAGCAAGUUCCUGGAAUACAACAAUUUCCUCAAUCAUUCUCUGGCGUCGGAGUGUUUGGUCAGCAAGCUAAUUUUAUCGGUCAACCAUCUCAACCACAACAACAACAACAACAACAACCACAGCAACAAAACAAUCUGGUUAUGGGUUCUAUGAUACAACACAACAGUGUACCUCCUCAGCACGGUAUUGCUAUCUCCAAUCACCACAUUAAUUUAUCAACGAAUCCCAUGGGCCUUGUAGCUGCAAAUAAUCAAUUGGGAGGAUUACAAAUGGCUUCGAUUAACCAAAUCGCCAGUGUACCCAAUCCAGCGAUGCUCAUGCAAGCACAAGUUGGUGACAAUAACUUGCCUGUAAUGACUUCGCAGAUGGUACAAAUAGCACCAACUAAUAUUAUGAGUAAUAAUGGAUGGAGUAACAUGUUAACAACACAAAAUAUUCAACCGGCACCGGGGAGUAACCCAUUCUUUAAUUUGGCUUCACAAACCGCUACUAAUAAUACUUUCUCGUCACAGUUGUCUCAGCAGAUGUCUCAAAUGUCCUUGGGUGGAUUGGUGGGAAAGCCAGCACCUGCUACACUGCCUGGUCAAACGCUCUCGACCAACUUAUGGCAGUAACGAUUAAUUUAUUUAGAGUUGGAUUAUUAAUUAAUUCAAUGUUAUGCAAUUGUAUUACUAAAAGUCGAUCCAUUUUAUGAGACUUUAAAUAUACUUUUAAAAUUUUAGCGGCAAGUUUAUGUCUUAACAUUCAUGUUUAAUGACGUAAACAAUAUAUAUCGUCAUACUCGUGUACGCGGUAUUUUGAUAAUUUUAGAACCAAUGUAAAACUAAGCCUAAGAAAAAUAUUAAUAACAAACAAAAAAAGUUUAGCUAAUUCUUAAUUUUUGUUUAGAAAUAUUAAUUUUCGCUAAAAUGUGUUGAAAAAAAAAAAAUGAAAUUAAAAAAAGGUGUAAAUUAUAAAUUAAUUACAUGUAUAAUAAUCAAUAUGUCAUGUGAAAUAUUUAAAAAAAUCAAUAAGAAAAACGAAUGACAGAAAUUCUAUAAUUUUUCAUAGACAAAAAAAUUUCUAUACAAAUAUAUAUUGUGAAUUUGAUUAAUAAUUAUUCUUAGGACAAAAAACAAAAUUAAAGUACUAUAAAAAAAAAAUUUCAUUAUAAAUAAUAUACUUGAUGAUGUAAAUAUUUUUUUGCGAUCACAGCAGAUAAAUAUUGCAAUGAUAUUUUAUUACAUACAUAAAUUAUACGUUAAGAUAAUCCGCCUUAUUGAACUGAACGCAACUGUCUUGGACAAUGAUGUUGAAAGAAUAUUUGUUAUCAAUUUUUUUGCUAUUUUAAUGAUGCAACAUUUUUUAAAUUACAAGUCAAAAAUAUAAAUUGUGGAGUAUCUUGACAAUAAUUUGUUAUUUUUUAUUUUGUUAACCAUUGUUUUUCUACUACUUGAAUGAAUUAUCAAUAAAACGGAAAAGCCUAAUGAUUAAUUGACAUGGAAAUAGUAUUAAAAACAAAUAAUUAAGUAUAUAAUAUGUAUAAAAUGAACCAUUACGGUCAAAUCAUUUGUACAAUAAUCGUAUUAGAGUAAACAGUGAUUUCUUUUGAAAAUAAAAUACUAUUUAAUGUAAAUGUAACUAUUAUUAUUACAAUUCAUUUUAGCGGGUUCUUUUGAAUCGUAGUUUAAAUUAAAGUCAGCAGAGCGCGGUAAAGACUAAAUAUUGACGCAUGCGGAUACUGCCAUGUUACAUACGUCACAUGGUUCUUUCCUUUGACGAGUCUUUUCGCCUUACGCUUUCGUCUGUGUAAGCACGUGAAUUUAAUAAAAAAAUGGACAAGCCAUCAGUUACUGCUCGUGUUAUCAAAAUUUUGGGACGAACUGGAUCCCAGGGACAGUGUACCCAAGUAAAAGUGGAGUUCAUGGACGAAACAAAUCGUCAGAUCAUCCGCAACGUCAAAGGUCCGGUAAGAGAAGGAGACCUCCUAACCUUACUCGAGUCUGAACGUGAAGCCAGAAGAUUGCGAUAAAAACUUUUUAUAUAUUCAACUCAAGAAUCAAAGGUUACCUUCAUCCAGCUCACCAUGUGAUUAUUGAGUAUGUUCAAUUUAAUACCGAA